GCACAGUUCCCUUCUUUAGGUCUAUAUAUCCACACAACCGCUUCUCCUUUCAAUCCUUCUUCUUCAUCUUCCUCGCAACUUCCCAGAAACUUUCAUUUCCUCAGAAAAAUUUUAGUUUUCCUUACCGGCAGAAAGUUGAUUCCGUAUCGAGAAAAUCAUGAGUCGAAGAGCCGGCAAUCCGAGGCUUGAACUGAACGUGGAGUCAUCUCCUCCGAGGGCAAACCCAAUAGUCGAAUCCCCAGACACGUCGAUUUCGUCUGAAGUGAUAUCACCGGAGAGCUCGUGCGUUUCGUCGGAGCAAGAAGAGGUGAGAAUGCAAUACCCAGACAGCCGUGAAGCGACUUCGAUGGUGCUGGUGGGCUGCCAUCGAUGCUUGAUGUACGUGAUAUCAUCGAAUGUAGAUCCUAAGUGCCCCAGAUGCCAUAACACUGUUCUGCUUGGUGAUCUCCUUAACGAAGAGAGUCCCAUGAGGGCAAGGAAUUGAAGUAAUUAUCUAAAAUCUCAACCAUUGAAUAAAUAUAAAUAAUUAAAAAUAAAAAAAUGGUUGGUUGAAAUUUUAUAUAAAUUUAAUAUAUAAAAUUUGUAUUAAAUAAAUUUUUAUUCUUAAUCAUUGUUAUUUUGUGUUGCAUAAUGUAAUGUUGGUGGCUUCUCUUCUACAUUUUAGUUUGAGAUUGUUUUGAAGUGUGAUGAUUAUGAUUUUUCUAACGUUUUAUUAUCAAAAAAAUUAUGUUAUUGUUUUAAAAUAAAUUUUAUACGUUAAU